AUGACCAUCCACAGCGCACCUAGCAUGCUUUUCCUCGUGGCGGCAUGGGCUCUGCUGGCAAGCGCCCAAAGCACGACGACGUACUCGACCAGUACCAGCUGGGCCCUGCUCGACAACACCGACCUCUUCCCCAAACACACGUCUACCGCAUCACCAUCCGCAGCCGUGACCACCACAGCCAACGACGCAGACGAAGACAUCUCCACCACCACCACGCCCACCACAACCACCACAGGCGACAGCUUCCAAAUCACACCACCGAUUCCAUGCCCAGGCCUCUACUACACAUACGGCGGCGUGUGCUGCGCGGGCAACCAGAUGCUCGACUGCGACUACGACGAGCUGUAUGAAGGGCAGCAGGAACCGUCGUCGUGCUGCCCGGCAGGUCAGUUCGUCUGGGCCCUGCCGCUGUCAGAAGAGCAGAUCGCGGACGCGCAGAGCAGCGGCGACUACAGCGGCUGCCCGGGUAAUAUGCGCAACGGCGUGUGCUGCUCCGGUGGCGUCAUCUACCGCGAUGACGAUGCGGAGUGUGCCGCCGUCAUCCUCGGUGGCAGCGACAACAACGACAACGGGCGGGGUGCGUACUACUACGAGUAG